UGACGCAAGAUCCUGGCUACCACUUCACCGCCAAUUUACGAAGAUUUCUCUGUAGAAACAUUUUGUUUGAAUGUCAACGUCAACAAAAGUGAUGAAUUAAUUGUUAUUCCUUUAACUGUAGCGGAAAUUAAUUUACAGAGUGUAUGGUAACGUUAGCGUGACGGCCGGUUUUUAGUUCACAAUUAACUUGGUGACAGUUUCAUCAGCAGCUCUUUCAGUUAGGGGAGGAGUCGUGCACAUGUAGACUCCGAGUCCACCUCUGUUUAAGGAUUUCUCUGAUUAAAGAUUAACUGGUUGAAGAAGAUGAACACGACUCAAUAGAAGACAGGACGGGAUAAACUGGGACUUGAGGAAGUUAAGCAUUAAAGUAAACAUGUUGCUGCAAAGGCUGACCCUGUAUUCAAGAAUGGAUCUCCAAAGACAACUAUGCCGGUCUCUCACCAGACCACUGACACAAGUUUCCCAGGGGAGGGCAAAUGGCAGCUCCUUUGCACACCGCAGUGAACUGCGUCAGGCCAAGAGGAUCGUAGUAAAGCUCGGCAGUGCUGUGGUCACCCGUGGCGAUGAAUGCGGCAUGGCUCUGGGGAGGCUGGCCUCCAUUGUGGAGCAGGUGGCCAUGCUGCAGAAUCAAGGAAGGGAGAUGAUGAUUGUUACCAGUGGAGCAGUGGCCUUUGGCAAACAAAGAUUAAGACAUGAGAUCCUGCUGUCCCAGAGUGUCCGACAGGCACUGCACACGGGACACAAUCAGCUCAAAGACAUGUCUUUGCCAGUGCUGGAAGCCCGGGCCUGUGCUGCAGCUGGACAGAGUGGCCUAAUGGCCCUAUAUGAGGCCAUGUUCACCCAAUAUAGCACUUGCACUGCACAGGUCCUGGUGACAAAUCUGGAUUUCCAUGAUGAAAAAAAGAGGCAGAACCUGAACAGCACACUGCAGGAGCUGCUGCACAUGAACAUUGUGCCCAUCAUCAACACCAAUGACGCUGUGGUGCCCCCGCCGGAGCCCAACAGCGACCUCCAGGGGGUAAAUGUGAUCAGCAUUAAGGACAAUGACAGUCUGGCGGCCCGACUAGCUGUGGAGAUGAAGGCUGACCUGCUCAUCGCGCUGUCUGAUGUCGAAGGACUGUACAACAGUCCCCCUGGAACAGAUGACGCCAAGCUCAUUGACAUUUUCUACCCUGGAGACCAGCAGUCCGUCACCUAUGGUACAAAGUCCAGAGUUGGGAUUGGAGGCAUGGAGGCCAAGGUCAAGGCUGCCCUCUGGGCCCUGCAAGGUGGCACCUCCGUGGUCAUUGCAAAUGGCACCAAUCCCAAAGUAACUGGUCAAGUCAUUACUGACAUUGUGGAGGGCAAGAAGGUGGGAACCUUCUUCUCUAAGAUCAAACCUGCUGGUCCAACUGUGGAGCAUCAGACAGAAAUGGCACGUUGCUCUGGAAGAACCCUGGCAUCGCUGCUCCCAGACCAGAGGAGUGAGAUCAUCUGCCGUCUAGCAGAGCUGUUGUAUGAAAGGCAGGAAGAGAUCCUGGACGCCAACAAGAUGGACAUGGAUCUGGCUGUAAAUGCAGGCCAUUUGCCACAAACUAUGCUUAAGCGUCUAAGCUUGUCACCAGCCAAACUCAACAGCUUGGCCUUAGGUCUGCGCCAGAUAGCUGUGGCCACCCAGGACGGUGUGCGUCGUGUGCUGCGCAGGACCAGGGUGGCUCACAACCUGGAGCUGGAGCAGAUCACUGUGCCCAUUGGAGUUCUUCUGGUUAUCUUUGAGGCCCGACCUGACUGCCUGCCACAGGUGUCAGCAUUGGCCAUAGCCAGUGGCAAUGCCCUCUUGCUGAAGGGAGGCAAGGAGGCAGCCAACACCAACCGUGUCCUCCACCAGCUCACACAGGAAGCCCUUUCCAUUCAUGGAGUCAGAGAGGCUGUGCAGCUGUUGAGCACUCGCGAGGAGGUGGCAGAUCUUUGCCGACUGGACAAGAUGAUCGACUUGAUUAUCCCUCGAGGUUCAUCCCAGCUGGUGAGGGAGAUCCAGUGGGCGGCCAAAGGCAUCCCAGUGCUUGGUCACAGCGAGGGAAUCUGCCACGUCUACGUCGAUGCAGAAGCCAGCGUUGACAAAGUCUUAAAAAUUGUCAGAGACUCAAAGUGUGACUACCCAGCUGCAUGCAAUGCCAUGGAAAGUCUGCUGAUUCACAGGGACAUCCUCAGGACCCCAAUGUUUGACCAGAUCAUUGACAUGCUGCGCACUGAACAGGUGAAAAUUCAUGCAGGCCCUCGGUUUGCCUCCUACCUGACAUUCAGCCCAUCAGAGGCAAAGUCCCUGCGGACAGAGUACGGUGACCUGGAGUGCUGCAUGGAAGUGGUAGACAACAUACAGGAGGCUAUGGACCAUAUUCACAAGUAUGGCAGCUCCCACACAGAUGUUAUCGUCACAGAAAAUGUGGACACAGCGGAGCAGUUCCUGCAGCAGCUGGACAGCGCCUGUGUUUUCUGGAACGCAAGCACACGUUUUGCUGAUGGCUACCGCUUUGGACUGGGAGCAGAGGUAGGUAUUAGCACGGCUCGUAUCCAUGCCCGGGGCCCUGUGGGCCUGGAGGGGCUGCUCACCACCAAGUGGGUCCUGAGAGGUGACGGGCACACAGUAGCUGACUUCUCUGAGAAUGGUACAAUGAAGUACCUCCAUGAAAACCAGUCUGUCGGGCAGCCUCUUGCAGGGCUGAGGGACAGCAACUAGACUAGACUUUAACAAAACUCGCUCGGCCUUAGCAUUGGUCAAUAUGGUUUGCAUUGCCCACCAGCAGCUGGAUAUUGGCUGAUGUCACUGGUUUUAAACCUCUGAAGCACACAGCAUGGAGGGAGACGCUUUACACACCAAUGGUCCAUUCUAUCACCACAACCAGAAAGUUGUCCCUGUUCAGACUAUACUGUUCUUUUACUAAGAGUUUAUAAAUGCAUUAAAUUCUACCUCUGCUUAUGAUACUUUUAUAUGAGUUACAUAAGACACCCUCAUAGGCUCCUGUAGGAGGUAUGAUGUGGUGGUUACAACACAUUAUACCUCCACAAUUAAUUGGGGAAACUGUGAGCAAGAAGGGAGUUUAACAAAGAUUACUUUAAGACACAAGUACACAUAAGUACACAAUUGAUAUCUGGACACUGAAGGGCUAGCCACAAUGGUUCAUACUGAUUGUGCUGUAAGUGCUGUUGUUGUUCAUGUAACAUCAGUUUUUCUCUUGCUUUUCCAGGUUGAAUUUUCUUUGUGUCUCUGAAUGUACAGGUAUUUUGAAUAGAUGAGGUGCUGGUGUAGGUAAUAUUAGACAUGAACUAAUGCCACAAGUUUGCAUUCAGUUGUAGAACUUUUUACUUUAUUUAAGUUUAACCAAAUCAUGAUGUGUUACAGAUUUUAACAUGUCCUGUAUUGGGCCUUGAUUACAUGAUUAAAAUGUAUAGUAUGACAAACGUAUACAAAAGUAUCUGAAAUGGACCCCCUUUGUUUUAAAACAGUGCACUCCAGCUUGUAUGCAUCCAUUGUAUUUACCUUUUUUUUUUUUGUAUUUGAUCAUUGUUACAAGUUGUGCUCAUUUUUCCAUGCUUUGUUGCUUUCCUGCUUGUUCCUAGUUGCGCCCAAAGCCUCUGUCAGAGCAGGAACAGUAAUUGACAAGCUGCCUCCUUCAAGCUGGAGGGGAGAACGCAACUGCUUUUAAAUUACACUCUGUAACAUUCCAGCCUCUGAGCUCCUAUCUGAUGUCUUGCAAUGCACACUUAAGGAUUGGUUGGUUUGGGUUGUUUAAUAGUAUUGUAGAAUAAAAAAAAAAGUUGAAAAUAA